AUGUCUUUACCAAAUCUUUUUCUAGAAGAAUUAGGCCUGGAUAAGUAUGAGAAUAACGAAUUAGUACAAGAAGUUGUACAAGAUUUAUGGAACUUCUUUCAGUCUAAAAGUUGUGAAUGCCGGAUGAGAAAAACUAUACAAUGCUUUGAAAAAGUUGGGUUUCAAUGUUUUUUUGAACAACAUAUGCAGUUUCAUGGUUUAGAUAAAAAAGAAUUAGAUUUAGUUUUAAUGGGUCAAUUUAUGGCAUUUGAAUAUAAUCAAACAAAUGAAGAUAUUGGACGAAGAUUUAAUUAUCAAUUUAAUAAUGAUAUUAAGUUAUAUAAAAAUACAAAUCUCAACUAG